CAUUUUUCAUUUGCAAGUUGUUGACGACAUCGAUGCGUUCAACAACUAUCCGUGGGGCCGAAGAUGCUACGAAGACACCGUACAUGUGUUCACCAGAUCACACUCGAGGCCCAGGGGGUCGAUGCGUAAAUACGAUACAUACGGAUUGCCGUUAGCAGUGCAGAUUUGGGGGUAUGAGACAGUUCCUGUACUGGGGGCCCGCUUUGCACAGCGAGGGGAGACACGCUGCCCUCGGAUGCAUCAUUGGAGAUCAUCGCGAGCGGAGGGAUGUCCCACCGGGAAGCAGUUAUCGGCCCUCCUCGACGAUCCUCAGCUUGAAGUCAUACCUGAGUUGACGCCAUCGAUGGAAGAGGAGGCUCGGGGUCUUGUGCGGGAUUUAGGCGUUCCGCACACCCCAGACGAGGAGAUGCCUGAUCCGAGCUUGGACCGAGAUUGGGAGGGCGGUCCAGCUGAUCGAUGAUCACCUCCGCCGGGGUCAUCGCCGCCACCAUUGGCAUCAUCUCCGCCGAGAGUAUCGUCCCCGCCAUUGG